CACCAGGGCGUGACGGUUCACGCUAUGGCCGCGGCACCAGAGACAGCAGGGGCGGCAACGGCGGCGGCGGCGGUGGAGAAGGAGUCAGCGAGCAAUAACCCGGGACUGGUGGAAGAUGUGGAUCCCGCCACCAGCAAAUACAUCAUGCAGCAGACGAUGUAUCGCAUCAAGGACCCCAAGGCCAGUCUGCACUUCUACUCCUCUGUUCUCGGCAUGAGACUGCUGAAGCGUCUUGACUUCCCCGAGGCAAAGUUCUCCCUCUACUUCAUGGGCUAUGAGCAACCGGAGGAGAUUCCAAAGACGGAGGAGGAGAGGGUAAAGUGGCUGUUCACUCGCAAGGCCACCAUCGAACUCACACACAACUGGGGCACGGAGUCAGACCCUGAUUUCAAGGGCUACCACAAUGGCAACUCGGAUCCCAGGGGCUGGGGCCACAUCGGUGUGAUGGUGGACGAUGUGUACAGCGCAUGCGAGCGGUUUGAGAAGCUGGGAGUGGAGUUUGUGAAGAGGCCCGACGAGGGGCGCAUGAAGGGCCUGGCGUUUAUCAAGGACCCCGAUGGCUACUGGAUUGAGAUCCUCGACUCACACCACAUGGGCCAGCUGCUGUCUGCCUGA